CAUAGCAGAAAUCGUGUUGUCCAUCGACGAUCGGAUUAGACAAAAUGGCGGAUUACAAAAGAGAUAGACGAAGCUAUGAUAGUGGAAGUUCAAGUCAUCAUAGACAUAGGAGGCAUCAUGACGAUGGAAGAGAUAAGCAUAAUAGUAGAAAAGGAAGGCAUCACGAUGGAGACUGGAUUUGUUCUGAGUGUGGCAACGAUAAUUUUGCUAGAAGAAGCCAGUGCAACAAGUGUGGACAAGACAAGGUUAAUGUGAAGUUCAAAUCUGGGGGUAUAGAGAUUGGGAAGCAACUAGCAGAGAAGAGUAAGGGACUCUUUGCAGCAGAUGACUGGCAGUGUAAGAUGUGUGGCAAUGUGAACUGGUCAAGACGUAAUGAAUGUAAUGUAUGCAAGUCUCCCAAGGUUGGAUGUGUAGAAUCAAGAACAGGCUAUGGUGGUGGAUUCAACGAACGUGAAAAUGUUGAGUACAAUGACAGAGACGAUUCUGAUGGUGAAUUUGACGAGUUUGGACGUAAAAAGAAGAAGUUCCGUGGACAAACAAAAGAAGAUCCAAGGGUUAACAAGAAAGAAAAUGUGAAAGAAGGGAGUAGUGAUGCUGAUGAGGAGAAGGAUGAGGAGAACAACAAAUCAGAUGCUUACAAGUUAAAUUCAGAUGAAGAAGAAGAUGAUGAUGAUGAUGACGGUAAUGAUCUUUCUGCAUAUGACUUAGGAGACAGCGGGGAUGAAGAUGAAGCAAGCAGCAGGAAGAAAGAAAGCAAUUCAACAUCUUAUCCAAAUGAGGAGUUCUCCAAAUCAUCUGACGAGAGAAAAGAGGAUUCGUCUGAUCGUGGUGACCAGCAGAAGAAAAGGCCAAGAAGUCGGUCAAGAUCCAGUGAGAGGGAGAUAAAGAAAUUUGCAGAUUCUUGAUAUCAAGAAAGGUUUUGACCACUGGUAUAGCCACAAUAAAGACGGCUCCACCUUAUAUUAUUAGUAAGUACAUUAAACUAAAGUGCUAAUCGCAAAGAAGUCAAUUAAGCCAAUUUUCUUUCUGUCUAAAUUAGAUUUAAUUUUGAUUUUUAAUGUUUGCUUAUGUGUAGAUAAUUUUCUUGUGAUCAUAGCAAUGGAAGUAUACAAACAGUUUCAAGCAUAAUUCAUGUAAUAAUAUGAAUUCAUGUAAUGAUACACAUUAAAGAUUUACAGGAAGUGAUAAGUAUGCUAGAUUCUUUAUAAUAACUACUAUGUAUGAAUCAAGGACUUCCUAUGACUACAAUAAUUUUAUUCACUGAAUAACAAGUAAUAAUAUUAACUUAUCAAAGUCAACAUAGGAGUGUACAAAUGAAACUAGUUUAGCUGUCAAUGAUUAUAGCUGAAUGAAUUUAAAUGCAACAACUUCAAAUAUUUUACAAGUAAAUGCUACUGGUUGACUGAUUAAUUUUUCGAUUGAUUUGGUUGAUCGUUAGAUGAGAUGAUUGAUAGGUUACUUCAUUUUGUGAUUGAUUGAUUCAUUCAUUGAUGCAUGUAAUAGUUGAUUGAAUAAUUUUUUAAUUAUAUUUCGAUUAAUUGAUUUAUUCAUUGAUUAGUGGUUGAUUGAAUGAUUGAUCAAUUCUUUCCUUUAUUGAUUAAUUGGCGGACUGAUUUUUUAAACGAUUUAUCAAAAGAUUGAUUGAUUGAUAUGCAUGUUAUUGAUUGAUUACAUGAUGGAUGAGUUUAUUGAGCAAAGGUUGAUUGAUGGGAAUCCAGUGUUGUUUUUCCAAAGUGGCUGUCUUACAACCGGUUGAAUUUUUGGUUGACUCAAAUUUUACAUCUGUAGAAUUCAACAUUUGACCUGUGUACACAUAAAAUAACAGGACAUUCUGUGUAUAUACACAUACAAUAAUAGAUUGUUCUGAGAAUGUGAUUUUAAUUAAAUUUCAUAUGACAGAUGCUGUAAGCAUGCAUGCUAAUGGCUCAUUAUUAAUAUUAAUUGUUUAUUAGUUCCAUUCAUAUGUUUUUAAUUGUAUUCAAUAAUUAUUGCGUCCAGUGUUAGUCUCUGGCGAUGUAUCAUAAACGAUUAUUCAUGUUAUGAAUGCUGUGGCACUGAGCCAAUCAAUAUUAACUACCACUAAUUAAUUUCCCAUAUUUAUCCAUCUAUGCCUGUCUAAAAUGUAAACAUCCUGAAAUAACCCACCAUGAUUAGCUGUUAUGUAGCAUUUGUAUGUGUCCCAACCCUCAAAAUGUAAUUAGAGAAUUUGACAAGAUGCAGUGUUAGUGUCACUUUAAUCAAAUGAAUAUGACAUGGUGUAGAGUAGUAAAAGGGUCGAUUUUAAUUAAUUUUAUUUCCAUUAGCUUGUCACUUUAAUCGACUGUAAAAUUAUUAUAAACAGAUAUAAUAAUAUUGUAUUAUUCAUUUCAAAAAUUUGUUUCAGAUUUUACAAUCACUCUUUAUGUGUUUGUGGUUAUAGUUAUACAUGUAUAGUUAUACAGACUUCAAUAAACAACAAAUGGAUUAGCAUAAACCGAACAA